AGAGUUUCGUCACUCUUGCGCUAACGUUACCGUCGUCGCAAAUUACUCAGGGGUUGUUUCUGACUCUACUUCUACUGUUACUACUUUUGUGUUAAUUUGACAGCAAGACUGACUGAGUGAAUCUGGUUUCAGAACUGCUUAAAUUUUUUUUCCUGAUAAAACAAAAGAGAAUAAUGAGGAGUUACAGUUGUGCUAUUGUCUUGUUUUUCAUCGUGGGGGUUGUUGUUGCUGCAGAAAACUACCUGGAUUACGGAGAAGAGAAUGCAGAUCGUAAUCUCGAGAACUUGCGUGAAUUCUACAGGUACUUGUUGCGACGUAAUUCAUUCGACGGUAGUUUCAGAUCAUCAAUUCCACUGGAUUCGCCAUACGAACAUUUAAUGAUACGAAAAUCACAGCGUUCACCGUCUCUACGUCUUCGGUUCGGCCGUUCCGGUCCACCGGCGCCCCAGGGAAAUCCGAUAACGAGACCGGCCUCAAACGGAGAAUCUUUUGAAGACAACUGAGACCACUGGCUACAUCCCAUAUAAAUAUUGAAAUAAUUUUCGUACCCGAAUCACGGCUUUCCUUUCAGUAUAAUUAUUAAUAAUAAAAUUUUGAAAUUUUAAAAUAUCAACUUGAAAAAUUAUAAAAAUUAUAAAACAUUUAAUUAUUCCCAUUUUUGACUACAACAUAUUUCCUCGCGCUUAUUAUUUCAUUUAUCGUACUGUUAUUUUCUUUAAAUUUAUUAUUAUUCUAUUUUUAAAAAAUGUAAAAAAAAUAUACAAGUGUAAAAAAUGACAGAGUGUCGCUAGUUAUUCGAUCUCUCUCUCUCUCUUUCUCUCUCUUGCUCUCUUACAUAAUAUAUUCAUAUACAUAUAAAUAAAUAUACGAUAUACUUAUUAUAACUAUGUGUCAAUACAUUAUAAUUAAUCACUUGUAGAAAUAUUUUUUACAAAGCUAUUUGGCUAUUAUUAUUAUUAUUUAUUUGUUUAUGCAUUAAAGUUAUUAAAAAUAAUAUAACAAUUGAUAUGAUUUAUUUAUUAAUAAAUGUGCCAAAUAUUG